ACAAGUUUUGUUUCAAUCAAAUUUUUACAUGUUUCUAAAUAAAUAUGUGGUGCAUAUUUAUCUAAUAAUGAUGAACAAUGAAUGCAGAUGAGACUGGGAAACAUGAGGAAAGGGAGGGAAGCUGGUGGCCUCUGGUGGCCGACAGUGGAAAUGGUGACAAAUGAAUCAUUGUUACUCAGGGCUUCACCUUCAGUCGUAGUAAUACAAUACAAUACAAUGCUGAUUAUUGUCCUUAGGUUAUUAUACUGUAUCUGCAGUUACAAACAUUUGUCUAUGGUAGCUAUGAAGAUGAGGACCCUGCUGCAUUUGCGUGUUGCACUGACAUUCCUGUUGGAAAGGCCAUGAUCACCACUGCAAUGAAGCAUGAAGACAUACCUGUGUGUGUGUUUGUGUGUGUGUGUGUGUGUUUGUGUGUGUGUGUGUGUGUGUGUGCGAGAGAGAGAGAGAGUGACUGGUCUUGUCCACCUUUCGUAUAAUCUUGCUUUUUUUUGUAUAAUCUCACAAAGCACAAACUGUAAAUGCAACGAAAACUGACUUUAUUGCUUGUUUAAAGCCACACUAUCACGCUUGUUUCAGUUGAGAUUUGGAUUAAAUGCUUAAAUUAUUUAUGUAGGCACUCCUAAAAUCACUGUCAGUGUGGCCGUUUCCUAAACAUGGGCCAAAACGUCUAAGGGCAAACGUGUCCAAUGAUGUCAGUGGACGUGUUCGGCUUCAAUCUCCAGCCUGUGUUUCCCAGAAAGUAACGGGCGCUCAACCUUGACCCUUGAACGCAGAGACUGGUUUAUGGAUCGUCAAAUGCCCCUAGAAGUGUUGCUCCAUAUUUAGAAAAUGGCUACACUGACUUUUAAAAGUCCUACACACAUAAUUUAAGCAUUUCUGAUGUAUAUUUUGAUAGAUACAAGGAUGAGGGUGCUCCUGAGUUUGUGUGCUGCGCUGGUGCUGCUUUGGUCCACUGUCCAGUGUAAUCACCAUAACGGUGAUCACAGUCACCAUAACGGUGAUUACAGUCACCAUGGCAAUAACAAUUCUGCCGAUGGAAGCCUGAAGAUAUUCCAGGAGAACCUAGACUUUGCUUUCCGUCUGUACAAGCACAUCUCCGCCCAGCCCGAUUCUCAGUCCAAGAAUGUCUUCUUCUCCCCGCUGAGCGUGUCCGUGGCCCUGGCUGCUCUGUCCGUGGGGGCCAGAGGGAAGACACACCUGCAGCUCUUUGAAGGUCUGGGCUUCAACAGCACAGAAGUCACCACAGAGGAAGUGAACCAGGCCUUCCAACACAUCCAUCACAACCUCAACGAGAAAACAGACGUAGACCUGUCGCUCGGGAAUGCACUCUUCAUUGGACGAGACUUCAAGCCACGUCCUGAGUUCCUGGAGAGCAUGAAACGCUAUUACGAGUCAGAGGGUUUCAGCACCGACUUCAGCAAGCCGGAAGAGGCCAAGGAACAGAUCAAUAAGUAUGUCAAUGAAAAGACCAAGGGUAAAAUAUCAGAUCUGGUUCAGGAUGUGGAUCCACUGACAGUCAUGUAUAUCAUCAACUACAUAUACUUCAAAGGUAAAUGGGAGAUUCCAUUUGAUCCCAAAGCAACCAAGGAACACGACUUUCAUGUUGAUGAUAAAACAACCGUUUCUGUUCCGAUGAUGUAUGAGGAGGGCGGUUUUUAUAUUUAUCAUGAUGAAGACAUCUCCACUCACGUUCUCCAGCUGCAUUAUAAUGAGUCUGUCUCAAUGAUGCUGGUGCUUCCAGAGAAAGGAUUGCAGGGUCUGGAGGAAGUGGUCUGCAAAAACCAUUUGAGGAAAUGGAUCAGAUCAGUGGAGAAGAAGAAGUACCAAGUAUUUGUUCCAAAACUGUCCCUUAAAACCUCGUAUCAACUCGAAAAAAUCCUUUCUGAAAUGGGAAUCACUGACAUAUUUGGGGAUACUGCAGACCUCACUGGAAUAUCAGAGACAACGGAUUUGUAUGUGUCUAAGGUUAUGCACAAGGCUUCCUUGGAUGUGGACGAGGCUGGAGCAACAGCGGCUGCAGCAACAGGAGUGGAAGUAUCGCAAAGGACUUCACCUUCUCGUGUGCGCAUCUUGAAAUUUGAUCGUCCUUUCAUGGUUUUCCUGCUCAGUCGUGAAACCAGAAGUAUACUGUUCAUGGGAAAAAUUGUCAACCCAGCAUAAAAAUAAAAUGCUGUUUUAUGAACUCAAA